AUGUUAGAGAGGUUGGCAGGUCAAGCCUACUACUGCUUUUUGGAUGGUUAUUCUGGGUAUAGUCAGAUAGCAGUGGACCCGAAGCACCAAGAGAAGACAGCAUUUACAUGUCCUUUUGGUGUUUUUGCAUAUAGGAAAAUGCCAUUUGGAUUAUGUAAUGCACCAGCCAUAUUUCAAAGGUGUAUGCUAGCCAUAUUUUCUGAUCUUGUUGAGAAAUGUAUAGAGAUUUGCGUGGACGAUUUUUCUAUGUUUGGAGCAUCAUUUGAUACAUGUCUGAAAAAUCUAAACACUAUAUUGAGGCGGUGUGUUGAAACAAACUUGGUUCUUAACUGGGAAAAAAGCCAUUUUAUGGUGACUGAAGGAAUAGUGCUUGGCCACAAGAUUUCUAGAAGAGGCAUUGAGGUGGAUCUAGCCAAAGUUGAGGUCAUCUCUAAGCUUCCUCCACCAAAAAAUGUGAAAGGAAUCAGAAGCUUUCUGGGACAUGCUGGAUUCUAUAGGCGGUUCAUUCAAGAUUUUUCAAAGAUCGCUAAACUGCUUAGCAAUCUCCUUGUGAAAGAUGUUAAAUUUCAAUUCGAUGAUAAUUUCUUGUCUGCUUUUUCAUUAUUAAAACAAAAAUUGUGUUCAGCACCUGUAAUCACUAGCCCUGAUUGGAAUUUUGAUUUUGAACUAAUGUGUGAUGCUAGUGACUAUGCAGUAGGUGCUGUUCUGGGUCAAAGGAAAAAUAAGAUUUUUCAUGUCAUACACUAUGCAAGUAGCUGGGGUUAUUCCAGAAGAUCUCAAUUGGCAGCAGAGAAAGAAAUAUUCUUCAAGGAUUCUACUUACUAUGUGUGGGAUGAUCCUUAUUUAUUUAAGAUUGGUGCUGAUGUUUUGUUGAGAAGAUGUGUUUCAGGUGCAAAAGUUAAGGAUAUCUUGUGGCACUGCCACAAUUCACCUUAUGGAGGUCACUACACAACAGUAAAAAUUCUUCAAUCCGGAUUCUACUGGCCUACCAUCUUUAAAGAUUCUCAUAAGCACUACAAAAUUUGUGAUAAGUGUCAGAGAACUGGAGGAAUUUCCAAAAGACAUGAGUUGCCUUUGCAAAACAUUCUUGAAGUUGAAGUCUUUGACUGUUGGGGAAUUGACUUUGUAGGACCACUUCCAUCUUCAUAUUCUAAUGAGUACAUUCUGGUUUCUGUGGACUAUGUUUCUAAAUGGGUGGAAGCCAUGGCGACUCAGAAGGCUGAUGCACGUACGGUGAUCAAGUUCUUAAAGAAGAAUAUCUUUACUAGAUUUGGAACACCGAGAGUGCUCAUUAGUGAUGAUGGUUCUCAUUUCUGCAAUAAACAACUGAAGAAGGUGUUAGACCAUUAUGGUGUGAGACACAAAGUAGCUACACCUUACCAUCCUCAAACAAAUGGACAAGCAGAGGUUUCUAAUAGGGAAUUGAAGAGAAUUUUGGAAAAGACUGUGGCCAGCUUAAGGAAAGAUUGGGCUUUGAAAUUGGAUGAUACACUGUGGGCUUAUAGGACAGCAUAUAAAACUCCAAUUGGACUCUCUCCGUAUCAUCUUGUGAGAAGAGAAAGCUUCAGUUACAUGAGUUUGAGGAAAUGCAGUUACAGGCCUAUGAAUCUUCCCGAAUCUAUAAGAGCAAAGUUAAGUCUUCCCAUGACAGGAAGACUGUACAGAGAAACUUCCAACCAGGCCAAUAGGUGUUGUUGUUCAAUUCCAGGUGUGCUUGUUGCAGAUACAAUGUUAGGUAAUGAAAUUUUUGUUCCAGGAAGCAAGGGCUCAGCCCCUAUGAAGGGCUCAACCCCUCAUAUCAGUUGGCAAAACAGGGGAGCCUCUGGGGCCAAGGUGCCCAGAGCCUUUAAGAGGCCUAGUGCCUCAUAUGAACAUUUUCAAAGAGGGCUCUCUAGAAGCAAAACGCUUAGUGCCUCUGAGUGGCUGAGCGACUGGGAGGAAUAG